AUGUCGAUUCGCUUCCACAAGGGUCCAUCGAUCAUCACACUGUUUCAUGACGCCUCUUCGCCUGCUUCGAAACAGGUGCUGCAGCUGCUGACCAACUACACUCGACGCACUGCCCAGGCAGCACCGUCGAGUGGGUCGCACGGCGAGUCGUGCGUGGUGGAAGCCAACGGCGGCGGUGUGGGUGCGUCCGAGUAUCUGAGGCAGGCAGCUGAGCCGCCGAGCGAAUCGGCAUUCCAGCUCGAGGUGGUGGAUCGAAAGGCCAACCCUCCCACCGCGCACCAGCUCAGGAGCAUCAUCGACUACCUAGCGUCCAGCGCCGAGAGCCAACAGUCUGAAGGAAAGAUUGAGGCAAAGCGAGCAAAGCCGAGGUAUACGCCCAGUGGCUUCGACUUGAAAGCACACGAGCAGCGACGCACCGCUUUGGCACAACACCUCGUCGACUCGGACGCCGGCAUGCCGCGCAUCAAAGACGGCCCCAUCGUCGUCAACUGGGACGAGGGUGAGGCGGCUACCUCACUCGACGGUGUGCAGCGUAUGCUGGCGCGGCUCCAGCAGCAAAAGUCGGAACGAGAACCGGCUUCGUCGUGCGUGAUUGCUUGA